UAUCUCGCCUGUUUAAAGAAAUCAUUGUAAGCUCUAAAAAAUAUUAAAAUCUUUUUUUAAAAAUUAUUUUUGUUGAUAAUGGAACAGUCGGAAAUUCGCACUAUUAUAAAGUAUGAGUUCUUACGUGGAACUACGGCAUCGCAGACCGCGAGAAAAAUUAAUAGCGUAUUUGGUUCUAGUGUUACUACGCAGCAGACAGUAUCAAAUUGGUUCGCCAAAUUUCGUACAGGUAACUUUGACCUCACAUAUAAACCACGCGGUCGCCUAGAAUCAAAGGUCAAUAAUGACGAACUAAAGGUCACCGUUGAGUCUGACCAUCUCAGAGUGCCUAUGAAUUAUCGUUAAAGUUUGGUGUUAGCAAACAAACAAUAUUAACUCAUUUAGCUCAAAUCGGUAAAGUGAAAAAGUUGGAUAAAUAGACUCGACAUGAACUGAAUGAAAAACAGAAACAAAAGCGUUUGUAAGCUUGCUUGAUGUUGCUUUCUCGUCACAAAUCUGAUCCAUUUUUUAAUCGAAUUGUCACUUGUGAUGAGAAAUGGAUCCAGUAUGACAAUCGCAAACGUUCAGUACAGUGGUUGGACAAGGAUGAAUCACCAAAACACACUCCAAAGCGAAAUAUUCAUGAAAAGAAGCUGCUGGUGAAUGUUUGGUGGUCUAGCGCAGGUGUGAUCCAUUAUGAUUUUAUGAAACCUGGCUCAUCGAUCACAGCAGAAAUAUACUGCAACCACCUGGACGAAAUGAUGCAAAAACUUAAAGAAAAACAGUAUAGAUUGGUUAGCAGAUCGACUUCUAUCUUAUUGCAUGAUAACGCUAGACCACACACUACACAAUUGACUGUGGAAGAACUACAGGAAUGAGAGUUGGAAUUUCAUCAUACUCACCAGACCUAGCCCCCACUGACUACCACUCUUCCGCAAUUUAGAUAACUUUUUAAUAGGAAAACAAUUUAAUUCCGACAAUGCUGUAAAACUGGUCUUCCAGGAAUUCAUUGACUCUCGUCCGCCAGGGUUUUAUACCACCGGCCUGAACAACCUGUCGCUUAAGUGACAAAAGUGUAUAUACAAUAUAGGUGCAUACUUUGAUGAAUAAAAUAAUCCCUUAUAGUUGUAAGUUAUCAACCAACUUUGCCUUUUUUUAUGCAAAUUUUAUCCUUGACGACCUGAUAUUUGUUAAACAACAUAAAAUAUUAUUGAAUUUAUUUUCUUUUUUUUUAUUUUUUUUUCUUAUUAACAUU